AUGAGAGAGCCGGAGAUAACAACGUUGUUUUCGUUGUUGAUUUUCUGUAUCAGUUUCACCGCAAUCGAUUGUUCCUGUCAAUACACAAGCUAUCCAACCAACGGGUGUGGGCCCGACGGCCCGACGAUCUUUUCGCCGGUAAAAUGCAUGACCGACUGCAAAGGAUUCACACGUGCGAAGAAGUUUGAAGCUGAAAAAAUCUCGCAAAUCGAUGGAGUCACGACAUAUGCUGUUUCAUUCAAAGGGAAAACUCAGCCUCCACCUCAAAGCUCAUACACUGGAAUGCUUCGAUUUCGAAGCGGAUGCUCACAAAAAGCGCUCGAGUAUUUCUACUAUUACAAAAAACUUGUGUUUAUGAAACUCUCGGACCGGACACGAAAUACCUACCAAAUCGAGUUUGCGCUUCAUCAAAUUCCAAAGCAAGAAAAGCAAAAGGACAAAGAAUCAUAUGUCGUUCAAUUCUCAAGAAACUUUACUGAGGGAGAAAGUUUCAAAGCAAAAGGCGAUGCUUUUAUAAUGAUGGUAGGCCUUGAUGACUGGAUAAUGCCGUAUGUGAACGUAACUCACGAUGAGAUCGACGAAUGCGUCGCAGGAGCGCAACUUUGGUAUCUCCCUCAAGAUAUUGACACCAGUGAAAUUGACUACACAAAGUGCUUCCUGUCCAAACGCUACAACGAAAGAAUUUUCUGGAAAGAAUCGUGGGAACUUCCACCUAAGCGGAUGCCUAAGACGAAAUCAUGCCCGAAUCCAGUCCAACCAAGCAAUGGUGAAGACAACGAAGAGGACUCUGAGACAACUAAAACUCGGCCGAUGAUUGCUGGUGGACAAGAAAGUAAAAAAGGUCGAUGGCCGUGGUUUGCAUGGAGUCCUGGAGGAGAAGCUAACUAUACUAACGAUAACUUUGGACUCACAAUCUUGACGAAGAACGAAGAUGGGUCUGAUGACUGGCUUCUAACAGAUUAUUAUGCAUGCCGUUACAAUCCUUCACAGCUUCUUAUACAUAUCGGAGAGUGGAAUCUUGAGGAAGAAGACGACUCAAAAUUUCAGGUCUAUUCAAAGCGAAAAGAAUACAUUGAUUAUGGCUGGUAUGACCGAUACUGCCUAGUCCGUGUUCCUAAUUUAAUUAAUGCUGCGCCAAAAAGCUGUCUUGAUAAAAAUUGCUUCGAACCUGUUUGCCUGGGAUCAGAAGUUCCAAAAGAUUACACAAUCUGCUAUUCUGCUGGCUUUGGUGCUGUUAAAAAUAUUGCUGAAGAUGAUGACUCAUCUGACAGUUCUGACGAUUCUUACAGCUACUACAGCUACUACAGCUGGUACUACGACAAUUACUUCGAAGAUUACUAUAAUGCUCCUAAGCAAACAUUCGUUCUGAAAGACUUUGCUGUUUACGUUGAAAAUGGGUAUUAUCAUGCGAUUGACUUUGAUAAUGGAAAAGGGAACAGAGCUAGAAGAAGUCAUACCGAUAAUGAUAUUGACGGCCCUGCUCAUUGUGUCGGUGAUGCGGGCUCUCCAAUGAUUUGUCUAGUUGAUGAUUACCCUGUUCUCACAUCGAUUGUUCGAGGAGACAGGUGGUGUCAGGAAUUUCCAGAACGUAUUCAAACGCUACCCGCUGACAAAAUAAUCGAAUUUGUGAACAACCCACCAGAGAUUUUUGUCUUUCCGAAUGUAACAUGGGAGGAACCGAAAGAAAAUCUCACUUCAGGACUUGUCUGUGACACUCCUCUCGACCCGAUUCCAGCUGAGCCAGUUCGUCCACGAAUCAUUGAUGGAAAACCAGCUCCGAUCGAAGACUAUCCUUUCAUAGUUUGGCUUGGAUUCUGUGGCGGUACCCUCAUAACAAUGAAUGAUGGUACUUCUAGUGACUACAUUGUCUCAGCUGCUCAUUGCUGCGAGCUCUAUGAAUAUUAUGAUAUUGAUAUCCUCGAAAAAACCAACUCAACAACAGAGCGAACGACCACCACUACAAAUAAACCAUCCACUUCGAGCUGGACCACCACUACUGGCUGGGGAUCAACAUGGGGUCCGACAACAACAACAACUGGCUCUUCAUCUUCUCCAAGACAAAUUCUUCUUGGAACGAACGAUAUCUACGAUCUUGGUGAAUGCGGGAUCAGUGUUGACGUGCAAGCGUACGCUAUUCACCACGACUACGACUACAAUUUCUACGACUACGACGAGUCGAAGUCAGAAGAGAAAGGAAUACCAGCGGACAUUUGUCUCAUCAAAGUACCUAACAUCAAAGCUGAAAUCGCGAAGCAGCGUGGUAGUGAUGCUUUGAAUACAUGCAAAAAAGCGAUUUCUCCGGCUUGUCUUCCAGCAGAACAUGUACCUGAAGGCUCUUACUGUAAACUUGCCGGUUGGGGAGACGGAAACUCGCCAUCUUAUCUUCUUCAUGAUAUUGGGCUCUACACUUUUUCAAACGAAUACUGCAUGGGAACUCCCAAUAAUGAUAUCAUACCAGUUGAAACCUUCGAAACACAGUUUUGUGCGGGUCUUCCUGAUUUUGACGGCGACGGUGACAUCGAUAAAGGCAAUAAUGCAUGCUACGGAGAUUCUGGAGGCCCGUUGGUCUGCGAGGCUUAUGGCAAACCGGUUCUUUACGGAGCCGUUUCAUGGGGAGCUAGAGCCUGCAGCGACAAGAGUUACCCGGAUGUCUAUGCAAAGGUUUCUCAUUUCACAGACUGGAUUCUUGAUCUUAUUGAAUAA